GGUGUAGAAUAUCAGGAAUAACAGCCAGGGAGAGCGGCCGAAGAGAGGAUCGAGGCUUCAACGCUUACGAUAACGGCACAGGAGAGCCAUUCAGAAGAGUCGGGGGUCAAAGGUGAGAAGAGCAGAGGGCACCAUGGAGAGCGAGCCGGGGGCCCCUGCCUCCACGGCCAACAGCACCGGGACCACCGCCGCCUCCUCCACCACCUCCUCCACCUCCAGCACCACAGCUGCCAGCAGUAGUAGUACCACCUCUAACACUACCACUACUACUUCUACCACUUCCACUAGCAGUAGUAAUAGUAGUAGUAGUAGUAGUAGUAACACUAACAGUAGUGCCAGUAGUAGUACUACAGCGGGGAGACAGGCAGUGCCUCAGAUAUCUGUUUACAGUGGGAUUCCUGACCGACAAACAGUGCAGGUGUUCCAGCAGGCGUUACACAGACAGCCGAACACAGCAGCACAGUACCUGCAGCAGAUGUACGCCGCUCAGCAGCAGCAUCUGAUGUUACAAACAGCAGCCCUCCAGCAGCAGCACAGCCUGCAGGCCGCUGUACAGCAGGCCAGUAUCGCAGCUGGCCGGCAAAGCUCUUCACAGAACGGCACUUCAUCCCAGCAAACAGGAUCUACUCAGGCUACGAUCAACCUGACCACCUCCCCAGCAGCAGCUCAGCUGAUCAGCCGGGCCCAGAGCAUUAGUUCAACCCCCACCAGUAUUUCCCAGCAGGCUGUUCUGCUGGGCAGCCCGUCCAGCCCCACGCUCACCGCCAGCCAGGCCCAGAUGUACCUGCGCGCACAGAUGGCUCAGCAGAGUAACCUGGUGCAGGUGGCGAGGAGCCUGGGCCGGGCGGUGCCUCUGUCCCCGCAGCUCAUCUUCACUCCAACAGCCACAGUGACGGCCGUCCAGUCAGAGAGCUCCUCACAGGCUUCCUCACAGAACCAGGUCCAGAAUCUGGCCAUCCGCGGCCAGCAGGGGGCGACCUCGUCCUCCUCUCAGACUCAGACGCUGCAGGCUCUCAGUCUGAAGCAGAGCCCUGUGCCCAUCCAGCCCGCCUCACUGAUCAAGAACCCCAGCCAGGGAACGCAGGCCUCCGCAGCGGGGAAGGCCGGCUCCUCCGACAGCUCGUCUGAAGCGGCGAAGAAGGGGGACAUCCCCGCUGUCACAGAGGUCCGAGCUAUAAACAUGAGCCGCAGCGUCACGGCCAUCAGCGCUCAGCCCCUCAUUGCUCCAGCGUACACACAGAUUCAGCCCCACUCCCUGGUGCAGCAACACAAGCAGCAGCAGCAGCAGUUUGUGGUCCAUCAGAGUCAAGGUUCCCAGAGGAGCGCAGGCCAGCUGCUGCAAACCGCCUCCAUUCAGCCGUCCCAGCACCCUGUCCCCGUACUGCCCAAACCUGCUCCACACCAGCCCUCCAUGCCCAGCCAGCAGGCCACCAUCUUCCACUCCACCAUCAGCCCCCACGCUCUCCACUCCUCCCUCAACCACGCCAAAGCUCAGCCCGUCCAGCUCACCGCCAUCAAUCUGCAAAUACAGCCCACGGCCUCUCGACUGGUUCAGGACAGUAAAGAUAAGCCAACCUCACUGGUGGUCAGAGAGACGUGUCCAGCCCCCGCCACGCAGCCACAGCAGCCACAACAGCAACAACAGCAGCAACAGCAGCAACCUGCGCCUUCGCCAUCACAACCUGCCAAGCCUGUAGAGCAGCCCAAGGUCGACCCUGUUACGCCAGCUGUUCAGCCACAAGCAGGAGGGGGCGCAACCAAGAGGCCGAGCGCUGCACCUGGGACCCCACCUCCAGCCAUGACUUCAGGAAAUGAGAGUGAGGCGCCCACCGUGACGGGCAGCACGCCGCAGAACGGAGAGAACAAACCGCCCCAAGCCAUCGUCAAGCCCCAGGUCCUCACGCACGUCAUCGAAGGCUUUGUCAUCCAGGAGGGAGCCGAGCCGUUCCCUGUGUGUGUGGAGCGUCUGCCCAUUCUUAUCGACAGUCCAAAGAAGCUGGAUCACCAGCUCUCCUCAGAUCCCGACAAAACCCCCGUCAGCAAUGCAGCAAACAGCGACUCUGAUCCCGAGGACAUGAACCAGCCAGAAAAAGAGCAAGAACCCAAGCUGACCUGUGAAUACUGCGGUUGGGUCGACUUUGCUUACACGUUCAAAGGCUCUAAAAGAUUCUGCUCUGUCGUUUGUGCAAAGAGGUACAAUGUGGGCUGCACGAAGCGGAUCGGCCUUUUCCGUCCAGAGAGGAGUAAACCAACGAAUCGCUGGCGUAGAAGAUCUCAGGGCCGCCCCAGUAUAGAGGCGAAGAAGCAGAAGCUGUCCCCCUCGCCGCAGCAGACUCAAGGCGGCUCCGUGUCCUCGCCGCAUCCCUCGCAGCCCAGUCAGGAGGAGUCCAGCCCGUGUUCGGACAUGUCCAGUUACGAGGAGCCGCCGUCUCCUCUGUCGGCGGCCAGCUCAGGACCCCUGCCUCCUGCUCCGGCCCCGGCUCAGGUCCCCGUCCACCGGCAUCCCAGCAGGGCCUCGGACCAGGAGGGCUGCGCCGUCAGAGAUGCACCUUCACUGUGCCAGCGCUUCUUACCCAACGACCCCACCAAGUGGAACGUGGAAGAAGUUUAUGAGUUCAUCCGUUCACUGCCAGGUUGUCAGGAGAUCGCAGACGAGUUUCGCUCUCAGGAGAUUGACGGACAGGCUCUGCUUCUGUUGAAGGAGGACCACCUCAUGAGCACCAUGAACAUUAAACUGGGACCUGCACUCAAGAUCUUUGCACGCAUCAACAUGCUCAAAGACUCUUAGCAGGACAACAGUGUUGCAUUGAUCUUGCGUUCGUCCAUUUUCGUGUGUGUGGGUGUGUGUUUGUACGUGUGAGAGAGAAGAGCAGUGUGAAACUUUGGCAGAUGAUGUCAUCGUAGCACUGACAACACAGACUGACUGCAGUAUGACCUCGCCUUCUCACCACUACUGGACCGGUUCCACUGAAUCCCCCUUCACCUCGCUCUCACUCACAUUCACCUGCCUCUGCUCAAUAACCGAUCUAUGGGUGUGCCACUAGUCGGUUGCGAUACAUAACUGACAGGUGCUCUUCUACCCUGAAACAGUAUAAACAAUAGAACAUUUCCCAGCUUUAUUUCAAGAAUUUAAAAGAUAGAUUUAUUUCCAUUUACGACUACAGAACAAAAAAUAAAAGGCUACACACUUAACACAAACGCAUCUUGGUAUUCCUUGACUGGACAAACACUCAAGGCUGUCUGCUCCAGGAUUCCAAAACCGGAUGGAGAUGGUGGCUCUUUUUAGGAAAUUUCUCUUAUAUCAUGAAAGAGGUUUAAUGAAAUGUGAUUUUUGAAAAUAUUUGAAGAGAGAAAUAAGCGAUGAAAUUAUUGAAUCCGUCUUUAUUUUAGAUAGACAACGGUUAGUUUAAAUGUUUUUUGGGAGUUUCCAGAGGUGGUGCAUCAUGCUUGAUGCUCCUUUUUUGCAUAAAGAAGCUGAGAUCUGAACUUAAUGCAAACAGCAAAUGUGACGCCCCAUCUCGCUAGACGUUGCUUCCAGAAUAACUUGCACAGCUGCUUAUGAAUGAGAAAACAUGGAAAUAAUCGACCCGGCUGACACGUGUUGGUGAUAUUAGACUUGCCGCCCAUGUUUACCUGCACUCACAGUAAGGACUGUGGCAAACUCUCUAACAAAAUGUUAAUCCUAACAUUAAAUAAGUGAAUAUUUUUGCUCUUCACACCUCAAAUAGAGCUUUCUCUGGAUAUCCAGUCUGAAUCCAUAACAAGGCAUGAACACAUUGCAUUUGGACUAUUCAAUCCACCAAACCGGAUUUGGUUUUGGUCUUGCUGACAUUGUGUUCAGGGGCCUGUUUGUAAAGUGAGUUUACCAAAUAAACCAGGCUUAUUUCAGUUACAUAAAAUGGCUCAAUUUAUUAAACAGGCCCUUGAUUUGGCUCACAUUUUGAUCUGAUCUCAGCAGGUGUGAACGGCAUCCAUACUGUAUUUUUGUUUAUUCUUUUAAAGAGAGUCAAGAAGAAAAGAAGCUCCCCGUCAGACAGCAACAAAUCUCCUUUUCUCUGCAAAAACAGAACCUUUGCUUUCCUCCACUUGAGACGUGCUUUUACGUUUUAUUUUGCAUCUAAUGACCUGAUCAUAAUGCAGGCAGAACUGGGAUACCAAGGACUCUUAUUAAUACUAGGUUUAGAUAAAAAGGUCUUAAUUAAAUGCCAUUACCAAGAUACAGAGUCGCUGAAAACAGCAGGUGUAAAUGGGGGCUCGGAUUUGGCCCAAGAACAACAAAAAGCUGUUCAAUUUUAAAGGAAAAAAGAAGGUAAUUAGAAAGUUGAGAUAAUAAGUCGUGCCAAAGUGCACUUACUGCUCUGUGGUGUCAGGGUUGGGUCAUACUGCAACACGGUCAUUACUGAAUUAAGGCAUUGAGACACAGUUACGUCUGAAUUAAUUAUUAAUAUUAUUAUAUUAUUAGAGAUGUUUUUUGUACAGUUUUGUUGGUGUGUGAAUGAAAGAGCCAUUUUUCUUUGUGUGGCUGGGAACAGAAGAUUGCAUUCAUUAAUUUUCUCAUUUUUAUUCAGGAGAUGCUCCUUUGCCUUUUUUCUCACAAUAAGACUCUCACGGCUCUCGAAUACAAAGCUUGAAUGCAGAGUAGACCGUUUAAGCAGCUUCUUUUGUGACAUUGAUUUCCCUUUCAUGAGGAACUCGCCAGUUUUUCUCCUGUAGAUUUAAACUGCUUACAAAUGAUUUUUCACCGCUUAUUCAAAAUGAUUUACUAAAAUAUGACAUUGAUUUCUCGUCUUGGUUUCAUAGGAGGACACUAAGUUAUCUGAGGAACAAUUCAGCUGUGCUGCACUCUUCACACAGCCUGACUUUUGGCACUUAUUUUCCUUCUGGUUUCCUUUAAUGUUAGGAGACCUAAAGUGAGAGUAGCAUCUGCAGCAAUGUAACACGUUUAUAUGUACAUAGCAGCUCAAAUGAGGAGAAAGACUGAAACUAAGUGUGAAGCUGUCUUUUUUUUAAGUUAAACUUAUUUUAAAACAGAAAUUUAAUGGUGUUCAAUAUUUUGAAAUAUGCAAAUGUAUAAAUAUCAUUUUUUAUGUUCUUUUUUCUAAUGAAAUAUGAUCAAAUCUAUUUGUGUUUUGUGGCUGUGAUCAAAGGUCAACUUUUUUAGAUAAGGCUUUGUCAAAUGCUUGUAUUUAUCAAAACAGUUUGUUACAACAUUUUGCAAUUAUAAAUAAUUUGCAAUACAA